CAGAUACUCUUUAAUACAGAUUCUAUAUAAGGGAUUUGCUUAUUUUCGUGCGCAGACUCGGCCAGUGUGCGUUACAUACAUAUAUACUUACAGAUAUUCCACUUUCCUGCGCGCCAAACACCCUAAUAUUGUCCUUUAUUUAUUGUGGAAAAUAUUGGGAGUGGAAUUCAAGUUAGAAAAGAAAGAAAAGAAAAACCAGGAAAGAAAGGACAGGCGUGGAGGGCGUCUCAGAUAAAACCCUUCGCCUGCUUACUCCAUUUGGGUCUCUCUCUGUCUCUCUCUGUCUCUUUCUGAAUAUUGUAAAGUGGUGGAGAGAAACAUAUGCAGAGGAUGAAUAUUGAUAUGGGUCUGAGUUCAAGCUUUAAACUUUUCGUGGUAUAAUGAGCACAGGCCUCAAUCUCUUCUUCUUAGAAGGUGAUGGCUCUGCAAGAAGAAGAAACCCAACAGCUGCAAAGUCCACCAAUGCUCCUUGAUACUCUGUUCUGUGCGGAAGAGAGUUUUGAAGAAGAGAAUGGUGUGGAGGAAGAAGAGAAAGAGAGUGAGAACCAUGAUGAAAAUGUGAAAAGGCACUCACUUUUCCCUUUGGUUUUGGUAGAGAAUGACUUGGGGUGGGAGGACGAAGAGCUUGUUUCUCUAAUCUCCAAAGAGGAAGAUACCCACGUGUGUUUGAGCAGUCUGGUCUCAGAUGGGUCUCUAAUGGUGGCCAGGAAAGGGGCUGUGGAUUGGAUUUUGACGGUUAAAGCGCACUAUGGGUUCUCUGCUUUGACUGCUGUUCUUGCUGUGAAUUACUUUGAUAGGUUUGCUUCAAGCCGGACGUUUCAGAGGGAAAUUCCCUGGAUGAGUCAACUCGCCGCCGUGGCUUGUCUCUCUCUGGCUGCCAAGGUGGAGGAGAUCGACGUGCCACUUCUCUUAGACCUGCAAGUGGGGGAAUCAAAGUAUGUGUUUGAAGCAAAGACAAUUCAGAGAAUGGAGCUUCUGGUGCUGUCCACUCUUAAGUGGAGGAUGAACCCGGUGACGCCAAUUUCCUUCUUUGAUCACAUUAUCAGGAGGCUCGGCUUGAAGAACCACUUGCAUUGGGAGUUUCUGUGGAUGUGUGAGCGUCUUACUCUCUCUCUUGUUGCCGAUCCAAGGGUUAUGAGUUAUGUUCCUUCUGUAUUAGCUACUGCAACAAUGCUUCGUGUAAUCGAGGAUAUUGAGCCGUGUAAUCCACUGGAAUAUCAGAACCAGCUUAUGAGUGUACUUAAAGUCAGUAAGGAAAUAGUUUGUGGGUGCUAUAAGCUCAUCCUGGAAUUGUCAGAGAGCCACGGCCACAUUCACAACCAAAGCCACAAUCGCAAGCAUCUCUCCAUACCUAGCAGCCCAAAUGGCGUCAUUGAUGCAAUUUUUAGCUGUGAUAGCUCCAAUGAAUCUUGGGCUGUGGCGUCAUCCGAUUCAUCGGCACUGCGACCAGAGUUUCCUUUCAAAAGGAGCAGAGCGCAGGAUAGCGCCAAUGAAGCAUGGGCUGUGGCGUCCGCUUCCUCGUCACGGACACCAGAGCCUCCUUUCAAAAGGAGCAGAGCACAGGAUCAGCAGAUGCGGUUGCCUUCACUAAAUCGUGUGUCUGUGGGUGUGCUUAGUAGCCCUCGUUAAUCUUCCUUUGUCUCAAUGUCUACUAUUAAACAUGGCAUGAUACAAUUUCUCUUUCACAUAUUAUUAGCAAUAUCUCUUUUGAAGGCGCAAUUAUGUUGUGUUCUAUGAUUUAUCGUUGCAUUUCUGGCUGAAUCUAUGAUAAUGAAUAUGGAGAUCGUAUUUUACUUCCCCAU